UGCUAAGGAAUGUUAUCGAUGACGUCAUUCGCAUUUGUCUCUCACUUCCUGGUUGACGUCAGUGGUAACGGCAUGAUGGCCUCUACAUGUGUAACUCAGAAGGAUGUACAAGCUGAAGCAACUAUGGCAGAAAUCAUGGAGGAAUUCACAAAGGAGUUUCAUGCCCAGCUAACUGACAUGAGGGAUCAAGGCCUAUUUUGUGACGUUUUGAUCAACUUUCCUGACGAAGGAAAAAAGAUCUAUGUUCACAGAGCUGUGAUGGCGAGUUGCAGUCUCUACUUUCGUGCUCUCUUUACUUCCCAAAUGAAGGAAUCUGGUCAGGCAGCGAUAGAAAUUCCAGGAAUUCGACAUGGAGAUAUGGAGGCUAUUGUAAGGUACGCUUACACUAGACAUGCAAAUCUAAACUCGAAUAAUAUUGAGAAUGUCUUGUGCGCUGCCGACAGGCUUCAUGUGUUCGGGCUUGUUAAAAUCUGCAGUGAUUUCCUGCGGGAAAGCUUGUGCGUCGAGAACAGCAUCGGAAUAAUGAGACUGGCGCAAUAUUUUAACUGUCCGAAUCUAGCGAAAGAAUCUCGGUGGUUUGUCUUGAGAAAUAUCGCACACAUUGUUUCGAGAAACUCCGAAUUUCAAAGUCUGAAUAUAAACGAAUUGUGUGAGCUUCUACAGGCGGAUGAACUAAAUUUCCCCGAAGAGGACGAAGUGGUUCAGGCGAUUAUGAACUGGGUUAAAUUCGACGAGAAGGCCCGUAAAAAACAUUAUUUUAGUCUCUUGUCCUCAACCAGACUUGGACUUGUGAGAGUGAGGACAUUCGAGGACUGCCUCCUCAGGAAUUGGGACAUUUCAAAGUCACCAGAUUGUGCGGCACUCGUAAAGAAGGGUUACAAACUGUGCGAAAUCAACCAGCAAUGCCGAAUUCCUUUCCUCCAGGGAACAUCGAACCCCAUGCUCCGUCCAAGAGUUCCACACGAGGUCAUUUUCGUCCUUGGCGGCUGGUGCCACGACGGCGUCUGCGGCCUCUUCGAAACUUACGACGACCGUGCAGACCGCUGGUAUCGCAACGUCAAGUUGACAUUUGACCAGAACAUCGCCUACCACGCUUUAGUCACUCUCGAUCAAUGCAUCUAUGUGGUAGGAGGCUACACGGCUACGAAGUAUUUAAACACGACUCGAAAAUUUGAUUGCCACUUGAAGGUGUGGACGGAAGUUGCGCCAAUGCAUGCAAAACGGUGCUACGUGUGCGCAGCUGCUCUAAAUGGUCAAGUGUACGCUUGUGGGGGGUUUGACGGGUUCGUCCGACACAGCUCGGUGGAGUAUUACAACCCUGCACGGAAUCAAUGGGUGGUUGCUGCAAGUAUGAGGCACGUCAGGAGUGACGCGGGGGCGACUGCCCUAAGCGGGAAGCUGUACGUGGCAGGUGGCUUCAACGGCCAACAUUGUCUGGACACAGCGGAGAUGUACGACCCAAACACUGACCAGUGGUCAGACAUAGAAUCUCUAUCCUCCCCUCGGAGCGGGGUGGCGCUGGUCAAGUAUCGGAGGUCGGUCUACGCUAUUGGUGGAUUCAGUGGAAAUCGCAGACUAAAAACAGUUGAGAAGUACGACCCUCGAGUGUCACACUGGGUGAUGGUCGCCGAUAUGGGCAUCGGAAGAAGCAACUUCGCCGCCACCGUCUGCGACGGCCUUCUCUUCGCUAUCGGCGGUUACGACGGGACGUCAACUACUGCACAGGUCGAGUGUUAUGACAUCUACGAGGACGAGUGGUUCUCCUCUGCGUCGCUUUUGACGGGACGGAGCGCCACCAGUGCGUGCACGGUCGUUGACCUGCAGAAUGUACGUGACUACACAUACUAUGGCCGAGAUCCCAAGUUCAUCUGCUCCAACAUCAGGAAUUAUGAUUAAUUCAUUUAUCUCUUGUCGUGGCUCGGAUCUGCAUUGAAAACAUGAAUACCUCUAACCAAUAUUGAUUAGCAUGCGUACAACGUAUCGACAUAAUUAAUAGCCUUGAGGUUCGCCGGGAAUAGUUUGAUCGGUUAACUCCAGAUUAAGUGAUAUGAAACAACUGAUCUAGUAUGGAUCACUGGCGAAAUAGACUACCAGACACAAGAGUCUAUUUCUCCAGGGAGAAAUUAAUGCUACAGCAUUUAAACUUUAGCUAUGAUUUCUAGUUCCAAACGGUUGUAAAAAAACUAAAGAGCAAAAAAGCUCACAUUUCACUCACGGUUUAAAUAAGGGUAGGUUCAAAGGUUCGACGCCAGAAAAUUACUGCUACGUUCAUAACAGUAUAACUUGUAGCAGUACUUAUGAGAACGAUGUGUAUGAUCGUGGAUUCGAAUCCCGGUUCGUUCUGAUAAUGUUUAUCGGUCUCUCAGCACCAUGCCCGUCCUCGUGGGUUUCGCCAAACGUCUAAGACCUGCAUCACUUCGGGAUUUCCUCCCACAUUAAGCUGACACGCCGUUGUAUAACUGGAAUACUAUUAUUCAAAGCGACGUUAAACCCAACUCGCUCAUCAUGAAAGAAAACUUACGUUUCCACUGUAACCGCGUCACUGCAAUAGCUGUUACAACAAAAAUAUUGAAGGAACCGCAUGAUUACUAUCAUUAGCCGUUAAUUUCGGAUCCAUGCAGGUUAACGGAUAUUUCGGAUCCAUAGGGAGCAAAGUGGCGCAGAAAAAAAAGCUAUCCGACCACAUCAAUGGCACUUGACGUGCACGAGCAAAUUUUCACUUAAACAGACGCUGUGAAACAUUUAUCACCUCGAGACGAAUUUCCGGCAGUGCUCUCUUUCCACCAGUGGUUUUGCUCCUUCCAAAGUCGAGUUCAUGCAACCGACGAAAUGCGUAUUCGGCUCGUGGAGUCAUUUGGUGUCGUUGCAAUCUCAUUAAAAUCAGAUCUUUGUUCUCGCUAGCGCUGAACAAAGCUUUGUUUAGCGGCAGCGAGAACUUCGAUCUGAUUUUAAUGAGAUUGGUGUCGUUGAAGUAGCAGGUUACCACGGCUGUGUUUGUCCUGGCGUACGUCGACUGCAACAGCUGAUCAUGAUUUACCCUCAGUUCUGGAUAGCGCGGAUCCCAUAAGACUAGGUGUUUCGGAUCAAACUUAACAAUUGCAAUAUUUUUGCAGAAAUUCGGAUGAUAGUUUUGGUGAAUGGUUCAUGCCCGUUUCAGCUGAUUGUGUUGACUGAGGUAAGCAGCGAAGUACUUUUUUUUUCUUCACUUUUUUUUCUUAAACGUUAGCAAAUUUCUCUUGUUUGCGGGUGUUUGUCCGGGGAGUGAAUGAGGAACAUUAUUAUAAUGAUUAUUCACAUAGUUAAAUAGGAUAUUGGUUUCAAUUCAUUGAGUAUUAGACACAAGUUCAAGACAGACCAAAAAGGAUUUAUCAUAUACAGACGAGGUUACUAAGUCACGCCA